AGACCCUAUUGUCUUCAGGCUGACGCUCUUUCAAUGUGGGAGACGGUUCCGGUGCAUUCGCCAGGCUGAAAUCCUCCAGGGUCAGGGCCUCCCUCAUGGCAGCCUUGCUCCUCGGGCUGCUGCUUUUUGCAAUGCAGUCCCCUCCUCUUCCCUCCAGGCCUCUGGCGGACAGGGAUUCGUCUUAUCCCACCCUUUCGCCUGCUGACAACGAGACCACCAGCCACCCCAACGGGACCCUCCAGCAGCUCCCUCAAAUAAUAAUCAUCGGUGUGAGGAAGGGGGGCACGCGGGCGCUCAUCGAGAUGCUCAGUCUGCACAGCGCGGUGGUGGCGGCUCAGAACGAGGUGCACUUUUUCGACUGGGAGAGCCACUUUCAGAAGGGCUUGCCUUGGUAUCUGAGCCAGAUGCCUUACGCCUUCCCCGAGCAACUGACGGUGGAGAAAACGCCGGCCUACUUUACUUCCAGCAAAGUCCCUAAGCGCAUCCACCAGAUGAACCCCAACAUCAAGCUCCUGCUCAUCCUCAGAGACCCCACGGAGCGGGUGCUGUCGGACUACACCCAGGUCUUUUACAACCGCCUCCAGAAGCACAAGAGCUACCAGCCUAUUGAAUCCGUGCUGGUGAAGGAUGGAGAGAUCAACCUGGGAUACAAGGCCCUCAACCGCAGCCUGUACUACAUCCACAUGCAGAACUGGCUGCAGUACUUCCCCCCGGAGAGCAUUCAUGUCGUUGACGGGGACCAGCUAAUCAAAGACCCCCUGCCCGAGAUGAAAAAAGUGGAAAAGUUCUUAAACCUGGAGCCUCAGUUGAACGCUUCCAAUUUUUACUUCAACAAAACAAAAGGAUUCUACUGCUUGAGAGACCACGGGCGGGAAAGGUGUUUACACGACUCGAAGGGCAGAGCGCACCCUCGCGUGGCUCCUGCCAUCCUGCAGAAGCUCUACCAGUUCUUCCACGAACCCAACAGGAAGUUCUUUGAGCUGGUGGGACGAACAUUCAACUGGAAAUGAACGACAAAGGAGCAAAGCCGAUGUGAAUUUAAACUAAAUCUAUUUUUUUACCAGUUUCUUUUGCUACACGAAUGCGGUCGAGCCAAAUACUGAGGCAGAUGCGGGGUUCCUUUGUGGAACUCGUACAUUUCGCUCAAAUUUAGAAACAAAUCGACUUCGAUGUUUUGGCCAGUGCCAGAAAAUGUCACAUAAAUACGUGCACUGAGCAGUUUUGUAUUGUCAGAUCACCCUCAAUCACCUUUUAUAACAUGACGCUAGUGUCUCGCUACAUUUAGACCUCUGAAGGAAUUUACCUGCUGCUAGGAUUGUAUUUUAUUAUUAUUAAUAUUAUCAUUAUUAUUAUUUGUUGUCGUCACUUUCA